AUGCAUCAAAUCAACACGAAAGACUGUCACAUUAAGAAGAAGUAAAACUAUGGGUAAUCAAAGAAGAUGUAUAUCUACUAAAACUAAUCGUUAUCCUAAUCAUCUAACACAUGGCUUACUAGCUAAACAUUGUGCAUCUGAGACAGAUUAUGAAUCAGGAAACCCAAAAAUUAAGCCAGGUGACAAAGUUUUAGUUUCUUUGGAAAACUCAGAACAUUUAUCUUUUAAUGAGUUUCAUGGUGAAGCUUUUGAUUUUAAUGAACACCUUAAGGAAUGGGAGAUAUUAGAAGUUAUAGAUCAAGCUCAGACUGGAUAUUUAGGAAUAAUCUAUGUUAAUGAACAUAAAAAGCAAUUAGUUUUGGCGCAUAGAUCUACUAAUUUUUUACUUAGUUUAACGGGAAAUCUAUUAAAACAGUCAGGUAUGCAACAAGAUAUAGAAGGAGUGCUUAUGGGUAAUAUUUUGUUACAUCAAGCACAUGGUCAUUUUGCCACUGGUAAAGCUGUAAAUCUUAUCAAAACUACUCACAAAGAUUAUACAUUGACAUUUACUGGACAUUCACUUGGAGCGUGGUUAGCCAGUCUCAGCGUAUUUUAUUGCCAUGACGAUUUUCACUAUGAGCAUGCACGAGCUAUCACAUUUGAUGGACCUGGUGCUUAUGAAAUGAUGGAAAGAAUGAGAUCAGGUGAUAUUAAAGGAAUUAGUACUAUCCAUAAGAUCAAGUUAGAACAUUUAGAUAUAAUUUCCUACCUUUCCGCUCCAAAUAUUGUUAAUUGUACCAAUAAGCAUGUUGGGACAGUAUAUAGGCUGUUUCCAAGUAAUAUAAAAGAUACAAUAAAAAAACAAGUGACACAACGUGGUGGUAGGGAACUCAAUAAAUUUUUGACAGAAGAUAUUGUUGAUCAAAUACCAAGACCAAUGCUUGUAAAUUGUGGGCAUGACUUAGAGUAUAUAUUACCCCAUUUUGAUCCAACUGCGGGAAAACCUAAAGUGUGCAAGUUAAUAGAAAAAUGGCCAUCUAUUAUUUAUAGUGAUUUUGGUAACAAUUCUAGUAAUUUUAGUAUUUGGAAAAGUGUGGUUAAUGUUGGAACAGGUUUAGUAUUACCUCAAGGGAUGCAGAUAGUAGCAACUGGCGUAAAAAUUAUUAUUGGGGCAGUUCAAAGAGUUUUUAACUGCGAAAACACAACUCUAGAUAGUGUAGCACAUUUAGCAGUGGUCUAUUCCAAAGGAAAAAUUGAUUUACAUCAAUAUUGGCUUGUACAUGAGCAUUUUGACAAAGAUUGCCGUUUUCAGGUUGACGUUAAAAAUUCAGUCGAUAAAUUCUUUUUGCAAUUUAAGGCUCAGUAUAAAGAAUCAGAUGCCGUUCCUUGGAAAAGCAAGAAAACCGGUACUAAAACUGAUAAGUUUUUAAAAAUUUUGCAAACACAAACUAAGAAAAUACAAGGAAGGUUGUUAGUAGAUCUUGCAAAAAAAUAUAAAUACAGUGUGACCGAUAACUAUUUUACAAUUAAAGAAGAAUACCGUAAUAGCUUUACUAUGGAUGAUAUUAGAGACAAGAUUGGAGAACUAUGGCGUAGUGAUUCAUAUUUUGAGCAAUAUUUCAAUAAUAUUGGUAAAGCAAGGCUUAGCGAAAACAUUGAAGAAGAAUCUCCUGAACUAGCGGUAGAAACUGACGAAAUAGCGGAAAUGUGUGGAAAUCAUAAAGUUGUUGUAAUUAAAGGCAUGCCAGGUAUAGGAAAAACCUCAUUAGCAAAAGCAUAUGCUAGAGAUUUUAAAGAUGAGUUUACUACAAUACUGCUGUCUGCUAGCUCAUUUAGUGUGUUGAAAAAAUCCUUAGAAGACUGCAUACCUAAUAGUUUAAAAGGUUCUAGUAAUAAAGAUCCCAAUAUAGAUGUUUUAAUUGAGCUUCUAAGUGAAACAAAACAACCAGUACUUUUUAUACUUGAUAACGUUAAAGAUUAUGCCGAUAUAUUAAAAUUUGUUGAAGGAUUUAGUAAUUUAACCAACGUUAAGCUCAUUAUAACUACUCAACAUAAUAAACUAGGAAUUAAUGUGCCAGAAAUAUCAUUAGAAUAUACAUCUGAUGACGCUGCAAGGGCUAAGCUACGAAAAAAGGUACAGGAAACUCUGACGAAUUGCUUGGCAGUAAAUGAGCAAACUAUAAACAAUACUGUUGAGAGACCUACAUGUAACCUAGUGAAGUUUCUCUCCUUUAUUAAAUCAGGUACUAUCUCUAAGCAACAAUUAGUAAAUAGUUUAUCUUAUUGUUAUCCACCUGAGGAAACAAGAUUAGCUAUAGACAAGCUACUUAGCUUAUCCUUAAUUACCAUAGAUAAUGCUCAAUAUAUUAGUACGAGUAUGAUAGUGCAAGAACUUGCCAUGGAACUCUCCGACUACCAAUCUGCAGCAAACUUUUUACAAAUUGUGUCUUUAUUUAAAUCAAGAAAUAUUUUAAUAGUACCCAUACUUUCAAAGUUGUUAACUUAUGAACUUGUACAGAAAGUUGAAGAAGUUAAACAAUUAUUAUCAAGUUUAGAGGUACAAUACAAGUAUAACAUGGCAAGUACUUUGACAUUACUACUAAAAGAAGCACAAACUAGCUUGCAAUCAGAGCAACGUGAGCAAAUUAUAAACACUUUAAAAUAUUUAAAGCAUUUUAUGACAGAGAUAGAUACAGAAUUACAAUCUUUGUUGACAUUUUUAACAAAUAGUUGGUCAGAGGCACAUAAGCAAGGAGUUGAAAAGGCAUUUUUAGUUAAAAAUGGCUCCCUAAUAAAGAACUUCCUUAAGACAUUUAGUCUUUGUAAGCUACAUGCACAGCAAUGUUUCUCAUGCGAUCAGGUUGCCCAGGGUACUGAGCAUGUUCUUGUAAUAGGACCUACAGGGAGCGGUAAAAGUACUGUAAUUGACCAUCUUAUUGAAAAAGCUUUAGAAUGUGUUAGAGUUGGUCGUAAUGGUGCAGAAACUGUGAUAAAAUUAAUGCAAGCAGAAGAUAAUUGUUUAUUAGGAACAGGAAAUAGUACGGUGGCAGAGAUUGGCAAUAAUCCAAUAAGUUCACAAACGGAUUCUAUUACCCCAUAUUACAAUAUCAAUAAAGGCAUCACAUAUUGGGAUUUUCCAGGUUUUUUUGAUAGUAGGGGAGAAAUGAAAAAAAUGCAUCAUGCCUUUCUUAUGCAAUCUUUUAGCAAAGUAGUACCAAAGUUUAAGAUACUUUUGGUUAUAGAAGUAGCAAUAAUAAGUGCUAUGAAAGGUGAAGGUUUCAUAAAUUUGUUAAAUAGUUUAAGUCAAUUAUGUUCCGCAGACCAAAUUCAUGAUAGUUUAUCACUACUAAUUACAAAAUGUGAUCCGUUUGAGCAAAAUUCCGUUGAUACUCAAAACCAGUUAGAUGAGGAACAAACUUAUUAUGUGAAAGAAAAAUUUUCUAAGUUUUUAGAAAAGCAUAAAGCAAGCAAGUGCACAAGUAUUUUAGAGUUACUUACACGUGAUAAUAUGAAAAAAAAAAUAGCUUUUUUUUUUAAAGUUAAAAAAGGCCCAAUUACAAAAGAUUUUUUUCAAGGUUUAGAUUCUGCAGUAGAGGCAAGUCAACCUGCAAAUAUAGACUUUCAUUUAAGUCUAGACGCUACAACAAUGAAAGAAAUUACUACCCUUUCACAUUUGCUGAAUUCCUAUGCUCAACAUAUUACUCAAGAGAGAGCUGAUACCCAAAUUGCAGAAGUGAAACAAAAGAUUCAACAAGACGGUUUUCAAAAAAAAGAUCUAUUUAAAAUCAAAAAAUUUUCAGUUCCUAACAUAAAUGAAAGGCAAUAUAUUGAAGGAUUCAGACAUGAAACUAUAUUCAAUAAUAUAAUGGCAACGCUGAAGUUUUUCCAUGUUUUAAAUCCGGCAUGUAAACCUAAUCUGGAAAGUUGGAUACAACCAUUUACUAAAUUUUAUACUGAAUAUGAUAAACUAGUCCAAGAAAACACUGGAGAUACAAAAACAGCUGGAAUUAUGCUGUUUAAAGCCCCGAUUCUAACAGCUUCGGAAGUGAAAAAAGCAUAUGGAAGCCCAAGGCCAGAAAUCACUGCAGUAAAAGUUUAUUCCUACCUAUUUAUUGUAGAUCAAGAUUUAGAACUUCCUGGUAUAAACUUAGCUAUUGCAAGUCAUGAAUGGAGAGUUAUUGGUGAUCGAAAGAUUAGUCUAAAAGGUGAUUGUACUGAAAGAAUUAUAGAUGGUAAAUGUGUUAAAAUUAUAGAUUCUGGAAGUUUUUAUGGAUAUGCAGGACAAAUUAAAGGUGGUAAAAUUAUGUUUGAUUUGGACGGCGUUGAUGGAGAAGAGGGUAAGUUUGAUCUUUCACAUAAAGACAAAGAAAUAGAAAAGAUAGAGGAAGAGUUGAAAAUAUUAGAUGCUCAAAUAAAUGCAGUCACACAUUUAAAAUCUCUCUACACUCUGGGGUUAGAAAAGCAGAUAAACAAAUUAACGGAGAAAGAAAAGCUUUGCAGGAAAGCGAUAAAAGAUAUUGAAGUUAAAAUUGCAGAUCUAGAAAACAAACUUAGCAAUCCUUUGUCAGAGACUAAAAGAGAGGAAAACGCAACUAAUGUACAACAAGAGAGAAUCAAAAAAAAAAAGAAAGCUGAGGAUCUUCAAGAGAUACUAAAAGAAUUAACAACUGUUAAAAAGUUGCAAGAACUAGUUAACAUUCACUCUGAUUAUCAGCAACUUUGUAAGGAAUAUGUGCCACUUACAGAGGCUAUUAUUGAUGAAGAUGCUAAACAUCGUCUUAGUGAGGAAGUUAUAAAAGUACGUAAAAAAAUUGAUAACGUUACUGAAAUGUUGACUCAAGUACUACAAGUUCAGGAAGAACAAAAUUUAAAUAAGUAUCAAGAUUUACAAAGUUUUUCCCAAAAAGUUAAGGCCAUUGUUCUUGGCUUUGAAUCUGUAGCACUUCAACGCGAUAAAGAAUAUUCUGUUUGGCUAGAGCAACGUAAGAAAGUAGAAGUUGAACUUUUAUGUAAACAUUUUAUAGCUGUGAAUGAUGUACAAUUAGAAUAUAACGCUCAAGAUAUAAAUAACUUAUUUGAACACGAUUCUAUAAAAAAUGAUCUGGAAAUUAGAAGUAAAGCACUAAUUGAAUUAAAAGAAACAUACAAAAAGCAGGUAACAGAGUUACAACAAGAUGUAGUAGACUUUAUCAAACACCAUGAAACACGCCAGCAUUAUAAAGCUCAAAAAAAACAAAAACGAGGUGAACUUAGACAACAUCAACAAUACUUAGAAGAAACGUUAUCUGCUAAGAUUGAAGCUAAAGAGUUAAAUGAGAAAAUUAAUGAACUGACAGCAGCUACUUAUAGAAAAAAUUUAGCAUCUAGAGAAUUGAAUAUAAUUAAAGGCAAAAAAGAUUCUACAGUUUCAAACACAUCUGUUUUAAAUGAAAAAGUAGGAGUAAAAGAAAUUUCGGCUUCAAAAUUAACUCAUAAGUUAUUAAGAUCUGUAAACAAUGACGAAUUUACUAAACAGUCUGCAGAACAAAAAAGUAAGUUAGAAGAGGAAUUGUCACAACUACAAGAAACCAAAGAUCGUACAAAAGAAAUAGCGCAAAAAAUAGAACAAUAUGCUGAAGUUAAAGUAAAAAUAGAAAUUUUUGAGGUUAAAAAACUGGUAAAUAUGUUAGUUAACAGGUACCAUCUUGCUGAAGAAUGUAAAUAUCAGCUAGAAGAUAAUGAUAAGGAUAAGUUAGAACAAGAAUUCAAGGACUCAAAAGUAAAGUUAAUGUUAUUAUGGGAAGAAGAUCAUUGGUUUGGUUCUUUGCGUAGUAUUACAGAUGAUAAGCUAGAGACUUACUCAAACGAACUAGCAACUGUUGUUCAAGAGACUUAUAAAAAACUAGCAAAUUUAGAGAAUAGACUCGAAUAUGCUAGAGUAUACACAGAAAGUUUAUCUGAGGCAGUAAAGAAGUACCAAGAAGCAGAAAAACAAUUCCAAAUAGCUAAAAAAGAUUAUCAGCAAUGGGUAAAAAACCACCCAGACACUUUAAGUGAUACUAUUAAAGUUUAUAAUGAGUACAUAAAAUGUGAUGCACAAGUUAAAGAGGCAUUUAAUGAAGAAGCUAAAAGCGCAGAGCGUUUGUUACGUAAAGAAGUGAACUUGUUAGAAAGGAUUGAACGUAAAUGGGACAAUAGAAACCUGUUCAGUAAAUGUGCUUACGUAGCUAAAGAAAUAUUGCUGUUUAAUAGACAGUUUUAUGAAACAUAUAAACUUUCUGGUUCAGAAGGUAGUAUAGGAGGAGAUAGUGGGGCAUAUAGAUUCAAAUAUAACUCUGAAGAUUCAGAGACCUCUCACACAGUCAUUCAUACACAAAAGCCAGGUCAGGGUGGUAAACAUUCAGCUAUUCUAGAAGGUACAUAUAUUAGUGAAUACUGCUUUCCAUUUUUUAGAGGUAUCAAGGAGAAGGCUAAAAUAAAGGAAAGUUUUGAUAUUCAUGGAGUUGCUGCUAUGGCUUUUAAAUCAGGAUUUAUAAAUACUAUAGCGUUUGUGGCAUCCUUCACUGAUGAUAUUGCCCAGUUUGCUUUUAAAGGUUUUAUUACCAAAGCUACUACAGGUUUAGCUUUAGGAGCUCUUACUAUAGGUGGGCAGUGUUUACUCUCUCCUGCUAUAGCUAAUCUUAGUUCACAUUGGGUUGACGGACCAUAUAAAACCAAGUCGAAGCCAGCUAAAGAUGGUAAAGAGGGGAAAAUUGAUGAAGAAUUAUCAAAGAAAAAUAUCACAGACUACUUUCACUAUGUGCAAGAAGAAAUAUCCGAAGAAUUAAAGUCAUUUUUUCCAAAUAUUACUAAUAAAAAAUUACUAGACGCAAAUGAAACCCAUGAUGAAUACGUACUUGUAUGAUAAUACAAAACUUGCAACUAAUUCAUUAAACAUAAGUAUAAGAUUAUUUCAAAAUUGGUACUAACGGUAAAAGUUUGGUUAGUGGCAAUAACUAUGUUUAAAUAAGAAAUAACUAUAAACAUUUUUUGACUUUAGACUGAACUUUUUGCAGACGUUUUUUAUACACGUUUUUGGAUUUUUAUACAAAUAUGAAAUAGAUUUAAAUUCCAAAAAUCUAGAUAAUAAACUAAACCUUUGAUUUUGGAGAUCUUGCUUUUCUGUUAAAACUGUUAAAUAGUCAAAAUUUAAAAAUUUUAUAUCAAUAUAAAAAAAUUAGGAGUAAUAUAGUUAUUUGUUUAAAACAAUAAAUGAUACUGAACUAUUACACAAUACUUUAUUAUUUAAUUUAAUAUAUAAUAACAAAUGAAACUUUUUCUAGAAAAAUAAAAUAAAAUAACUUGCUAAUCAAGAAAUUUGUAUAAGGGAGAAGUUCUAUCGAUUGAAAAAAACUUAAGAAAGCAAAAAUUUAGUAUUUUAUUAAAAAAAAUUUAGUGCAGUCAAAUUUACUGAAGAUAACACAAGCGGAAAAAUUCCUUAGCAAUUUAGAGCAAUGACCAGAAUAUUCAUCAAGCAAGCAACAACAACAACAUUUUUGUGGCUGAAUUAUAAAUGCUAGGUAUUUUAACUUUACAUUUGAAAUCCUAACCAUAACAGCUCAAAAAAGCUCCAUAAAUGUAGUUUUUAGAUGUUAAACGACACAAACGA